AUGACAGUUGUGGCAAACGAAUCGUCUUCGCAGGAGCCACCGAAGCGACAAGAGCAUGACCAGCCUGCCAACGAGCCGCAACAACCCACCCUAUUCCAACGGAUUUGUUGUUGUUGUUGCUCGUUCAAACAAGAUAAAGAGCCGCCGGUGCAAUUACUUCGAAGCGGGUCACUAACCUAUUCGCAGCCACAACCAUCCACACAAGCAGUGAUCUCGGCAGCGAAUGAGUCAAUAAAUGAUGUCGACGACAUAAAUUUAGAACUUCGAACUGCCCCGAAGAAAGAAAAUGCUGACAGCAUUAAUCUGAAUGACAUCUUGAUGGAAAGAGUUAUUAAUCAUACUGAAGAUGAUCGAACGGAAGUCGUUGUUGAGGAUGUCGUUUCAAUUUCCACCGAUGUUGUUCAAGAAAUCAACGAAGAUGAUUUGAGCAACGCAAUCAAGAAUACACAUGAAAAUAAUGAAGGUCCCAAAGUUCUUCGGGCUCGUCCUGCCAUUACCAGAGUCUACGAAUCUAUUUCAAUCCAUUCUGAAGACGAUGAAGACGUUGAUCCAAAAAUGUCAGUUAUCGAGUUUAUCAAAAGUGAAGCAACUCGUAGUAAAACACCGGAAGUCGUGGAAGAAUUAGUCGAAUCACCGACGACGCGACAGCCUGCGAUUCCUGCUGGAACCGCGUCUGAAAUAUCUGAUUCCGAAGAAGAACUUGAGAUUCCAUCAAAAUCUCCUGGAUUGGAUAUGAUUUCCACUGUGAGUACAGCUCGUUCGAAUCAACAACUCGACGAAUUCAAAGAGUUGAACUCUGGAGAUGAACUUCCCGAGAUUGAAGAUGAUGGAGAAGUUCAGCAACCACCACCGCCACUUCCAGCUAAUCCACCGCCAAGAUUGUCGUCGACAAACAUGUAUGCACACGCUGAUUCGGAAUCGGAUUCUGACGAUGAAGCAAGCGGUGAAGCCCAGCCGGUUAACGCAAUUGGGCUCAUCAAAAUGCAACCAAUCAACUUUGCAAAUUCUCCAACAGGAGAUCAAGACAAUUAUGAAGAGGACGAAGUAUCUGAGGAAUCAUUGUCAUCUGCACCUUCCCCAACAAGUAGUUCUAGUAUGGAAAAAGAAAAUGACAAUCGUGUGACAAGAAUAUCAGUGAAAAGCGAUGGAAGAGCUGAAAUUCAUUCGCCACGGAGUCCAAUUACUGUGAGUUUAGACGCAGAUCGCCAAAUAACAGACGAUGAAUUCUCAGAAAAACUUAUAUAA